CAAUAAAUUUUUGAACUUUUUUUUAUAAAAAAGUUUUCGAUUUUCGCCCUUUUCUUUGUUGAAUCUUGAGGAAUAGUUUCGUGUGAAUUUGAUUAUCAUUGUGGUUCCGGUCCAGUUCCAGCUCCAGUUCCGAUUCCGAUCUCGUUUUGGAUUUAGUUUCCUGGAAAAUGGCGAAGCGUGGACAUAAGCUGCAGGAAUUUGAGGCUCAUAAUGCCAGUGUGAAUUGUUUAAGUAUGGGGAAAAGGACAUUUAGGCUUCUUAUUACUGGUGGAGAUGAUCAUAAAGUUAAUGUCUGGUCAAUUGGGAAACCCACUUCUUUAAUGAGUCUUUGUGGUCAUACUAGUCCGGUCGAGUCUUUAGCUUUUGAUCUGGCUGAAGUCUUGGUGCUUGCUGGUGCAUCUUCGGGUGUGAUAAAGCUUUGGGAUCUCGAAGAAACAAAGAUGGUUCGCGGACUUACUGGACACAGAUCUAAUUGCACUGCUUUGGAGUUCCAUCCAUUUGGUGAGUUUUUUGCAUCUGGUUCCAUGGAUACAAAUCUAAAGAUAUGGGAUAUUAGGAAAAAGGGAUGCACUCACACAUACAAGGGUCAUACUCGAGGCAUUAGCACGAUUAGAUUCACUCCUGAUGGCCGCUGGGUUGUUUCUGGUGGAUUUGAUAAUGUUGUAAAGGUGUGGGAUCUUACCGCUGGAAAACUCUUGAACGAGUUUAAGUUUCAUGAAGGACAUAUUUCCUCCUUAGACUUUCACCCUCUUGAGUUUCUCCUUGCUACAGGGUCGGCGGAUGGAACCGUAAAAUUCUGGGAUUUGGAAACUUUUGAACUGAUCGGGUCUUCAAGACCGGAGGCUGCGGGGGUUCGCUUGAAUACCUUUCAUACUGAUGGGAAAACUCUUUUCUGUGGAUCAGACGAUGGUUUGAAGGUUUAUUCAUGGGAGCCAGUAGUUUGUCAUGAUUCUGCUGAUAUCGGGUGGUCAACACUCGGUGACCUCUGCAUCAAUGAAGGCAAACUUUUGGGUUGCUCGUACUAUAGAAAUACUAUUGGAGUUUGGGGAGCAGACAUAGCGCAUAUUGAGCCAUAUGGACGAAAUGACCGUUCCGAGAAGAAAUUUAAUCUUGAGGGAAGUUAUUCUUUGGAAAAAGCUGGGAGUGGCAUGAGAUCAACUUUGGGAUCACGACCCCUAUCACCUGAUUUCGAGACCAAGGAAAUAAAGAACAUAUAUGUUGACACUGCUGGCAGUAGUAUGAUUGCUGCUCCGAAAGAUGGCUCUUUGAACUCUACAAAAGUGGUCUCCCCAUCGGAUGCCGGUGAAACAAGUAAUCUGGCAGCUGAGAGGCAGAGUCCUGGAAUAGGAGUUAAUGCUAAAUCUAAUGGACAAUCGGGUAACAACCCUGUUGUGAAAGAGACUACUAAUUCUGGAAAAGAAUCAAUCACCUUUUCAAGGACAAAACCUGGAAUGUUGCUCAGACCAGCUCAUGUUAGAAGACCAUCAGUCAACAAGUUUGAGGUCGAAAAGCUAUCGGCUGCAGUUGAAUCGGAAAGGUUAGACAGGGCAGUGGAUCUGAAUUCUCGGACUAGGCUUGUAUCGGAGGAUGGAUAUAGAACAUCAUGUGGUGAAAAGGAUUCAAACAUCGAGACUGUCACAGAGAAAUCCAAAGAGAUACAAUCACCGCAGACGCACUCUACUCAAGAAGCUCGUAAUGAAUCCCUCGAUCUCAACAAAAACUCGAAUGUCAAAUUUGUGAAUGGAGUGGCUGUUGUUAGAGGAAGAACACGCAGUCUGGUCGAGAGGUUUGAACGAAGAGAUUUAUUGAACAGCAGUGAUAAUCCAGUGACUGAUGGUAUACCUCCUGCUGCACCGGAAGCCGAUAAAAUACCAUCCAUAAUGAAAGGAGGGACAAAAAUAUCUAAAACGGAACCUAUCUCGGCCAAUGAUACAAGUCCUGUCGAAAGUCUAAUUUCUACAACGGAAUCAGCUUCUGGCUCCGAGGGUGGCAUUACUGGAAGUUCAAUUCCUAGAACGGAAACAACCACUACUUCUGACCAAAAAGGAGGAACACAAAUAUCUAAAUCGUCGGCCAAUGAUAUAACUCCUAUCGAAAGUCUAAUUUCUACAACGGAAUCAGCUUCUGGCUCCGAGGGUGGCAUUACUGGAAGUUCAAUUCCUAGAAGGGAAACAACCCCUACUUCUGACAGGAUAAUUACUGGAGAUCGAAUUUCUAGAAGGGAAUCAACUUUCACCUCAGAUAGGAUGAAUGCUCGAAAUCAAAGUUCUCGAAAGGAAUCAACCUUUGCAUCUAAUAGGAUCGUUACUGUAAAUCAAAUUUCUAGAAGGCAAUCAAAUUCUGCAUCUAGUGGCAGCAUUACUGGAAAUCUAAUUUCUAGAAGGGAAUCAACCUCGGCUUCUGAUGGGAUCUUAACCAAAAACCGAAUCACUCAAAGCGAGUCAACUUCCAUUUCGGAUGGGAUCGUUUCAAGAAAUCAACUUACUAGAAAUGAUAUGAGUAGACCAACUGGUUUAGUUACUGAAAAUAAAAUUUCUAGGGUGGGAAUGAAUUCUGGUAAUGAUGGGAAUGUUACAAUUAUCGAAAACCAAAUUUCAAAGGGUGAAUCAAUCUCUGAUAAUGAUGGAAAGCUAACCGAAAGUCUGAUGCAAAUGCAUGAUGUAUUCUUAAGUACACUUCGGUCACGCUUAACAAAGUUACAGGUAGUGCGGCAUUUUUGGGAAAAGAAUGACAUUAAAGGGUCCAUCAGUGCCCUGCGGAAAUUGCCUGAUCAUUCUGUGCAAGCCGAUGUGAUCGGUGUUCUCAUGGAAAAAAUGGAGAUUAUCACCUUAGAUCUCUUUUCCAUCCUGCUUCCCGUGCUUAUCGGCUUAUUAGAUAGCAAAAUGGAAAGGCAUGUAAAUGUCUCUUUGGAAAUGCUCCUGAAGCUCGUAGCUGUUUUUGGUCCAAUGAUACGCUCAACUGUUUCAGCCCCGCAUGGUGUCGGUGUUGAUCUUCAUGCCGAGCAGAGGCGAGAAUGCUGCAAUCAGUGUUCUACGCAGCUACAAAAGAUUCAAAAACUUCUUCCACCACUUGCAAGGAGAGGCGGCACGGUAGGGAGAGGCGCGCAGGAAUUGAAUCUAGUUCUUCAAGAAUGAUGGUGAUUUGUGAAGGCAGCCAUAUAAAUCAUCUGCGACCGAAACAUGAAAAAUGUGGUCGAGCCGAAAUCACUUAUAAUGGCCAUUUCGUCAUGACCAUGUCCGUAUCGGGCCAUACAUCUCGAAGGUGAAUGAAGAAGAGAUGUUAAUCUCCUAUGUUUGAGGAUUUGCUGGUAAAUUCCCCUGCCAUUCUUUAAUUCAAUAUGGUGACGUUCGUGAUCUUUUCUGUUAAAAAUGCAUGUAAGCAUGUCUAAAUAUA